AUGGCUUUGCCUCUCCCCUCGGGUCUCGUACCCACCGAAGUGGCUUUUCUGUGCGAGAUGGAGCUCGUCACAAUCGUCCCACGUCAGCGGCUAGAAAGCAUCGAUCUUCUCAGCGGUGCAACUCCAGCCUUGCGACCCCCGGCACGUGCCGACUUGCCUCUUUGGCUGGCACUCCUCCUCAAGAAGCAACGACGAGCAAACAUCGUUCCACCUCAGUGGCUCCAUCCAACCUCCCUCGCCAAGAUCGUACAUCAAGAAACGACACUCAACCCCGAUGCCUUCUCUGCUCCCCCGCCACCUCCUGCGCGCGGCGAUGCAAGAGGCAAUGCCCGUCGACUAGGCGCGACCCUCGACGAAACCCUGUCACCACCGUUCCUGCCCUCAUGUACAGCCGACGCGCCCCCGAAUGCGCUCCCCUACCACUGGUUCGAGCUCGCCGAGGUCCUGCUGGCACACGCAUCCGACGAUAUACCAUCAACUUCCGAGGUAAGGUCUCUCCUCAAGGACCUUCAGGAGGUGCGAUCUGCCAAGAUGCGCAAGAGUACACAGGACCUGUCCGACGGUGUAGGCGGUGUCAUGAGUUUACGGGGAGUUGGAGCGAUGGAGCUGGCUGAGAGCCGCGGCUUCUUCCUGGGCGUCAUAGAGGGCGUGCGGAAGAUUGGCGCCAGUGCGGAAGCCAGUAGGCGUGAGGAAGAGGAGGAACGAGGCAGUGGGGACGGCGAUUAUGACGAAGACGAAGAUAUGCUAUGA